AUGCACUGACUGCAAGCUCCUUGUGCGUAUCACAACACCAGCCCCAGAAAAACUGCAAUCAGCAAGAUGAAAUACUCGUACGCCUUUGCCGCUGCUCUCGUUUGCCUGGCCUGCGUCUCGGUGCGGGCAGCACCGCCCGCAGCUCAGGAGGAGGCGCAGGUGCUGCGCUACGAUUCGGAUGUGCAGCCAGAGAGCUAUAAGUUUAGCUUGGAUACGAGCGACAAAGCACACUAUGAGGAGGGCCAGCUGAAGAACGUGGGCACCGACCACGAGGCAAUCACUGUGCGCGGCUACUACACCUAUGUGGGAGACGAUGGCAAGACCUACACGGUCAAGUAUGUGGCCGAUGAGAAUGGCUUCCAGCCAGAGGGCGAUCACUUGCCCCGUGCCGUUCAAUAAGCACAGCAGCAGUCAACAGACGGCGCUCAGUCAUGCAGCAUCCAUAUGUUAACUAGGUUUAAGAUCAAACAAAAUCAUUUCUCAAGCAACGCUAGCAAACAAACAGCGAAAACAAACUCAUUGUCAUGUUGAAUAAAAUGCCACCAGUUUCUCUUCCAUCUCAA